CGAAAUCUUUCUAUUUUUUACGAAAGAAAACACAUGGUUGAAAUUCAAUCCAUUGCUCUUCGGUUUUGCACUUGUUAACUCUAAAAAACUUAUUUCUGUGAUAAUUGUUAAGAGUUUUUUUGAUAUUAUCGUAACAUACAACUUAAACAGCCUAAUGGAUUUGUCUGACAAAAGUAAUUCUCACCAUAAGUUGAGCGAUAAUCUAAUAAUUUUCAAUUAUUUAUAGACAAUUUUGAAAAUACGGGUAAAAACGUUGAGUUUUUGGCAUCUGAGGAAGUAUCCUAUUUAUUUGAGGGAAUAAAGAACGAAAGUACAGAGGAAUUUAGAGAAGUUAUCUUAAAAAAUGCAGCUUCGAAACUCCAGCAAUGUACUAAUGAGAUGGAAAGCUUUACUAUUAAAGUUCAGCUGCAUGAUGUGGGAAAUACAGCCUUGAAAUUAUUCACAAAAAACAAUUGGACAGGACCAAGAUGCGAUGAGAAUAAGCUAUUAUUCAAAUUAAAACCUCAGUUGCAAAGUAUUAACCUAAACAUAUUUCGUAAAAAUGCUGUCAAUGCUUUGGGGAUUGAUGGACAAACAGCUUAUAAGUUGUGCUACGCCCCCGAAUAUUUAUAUCUAGCGAGAAUAAUAUUUGUGGAGCUUAAGGAUUCAUCUAGCCUUUUAUUGCUUCCAUUUGUAUCUAGGUUGCGAUACGUUAGAGCUCAUCAAGCUCUAUUAGAGGAGAGAUCAGCAAGUUUAAAAUCUAUUUUCAAAGAGUGCGUCGAAGCUUUCUCGGAAAGAUUUAAAAGCGAUUUAAUUCCCAAAGUUUUAAAAGUUAAUUGUCUCUUACAAAUCGGCUAUUUAGAAUAUUUCUAUUAUGAGUCUAGCUUAGCAAGAGAGAAUUUUAUGGAAGCUGUAAAACAGAGUGGUUUGAAAUGUGAACUCACAGGUGUAAUGGGUAAACGUACCAGAUUUCAAACUAGUGAGAAAUCUCAGUUGGUGCUAAAAAUAAAAAGAUUAUCCGAUGAUGACGAAGAUAAUAUGCCUGUAAUUGAUCUAAGUGCCUUACCCAUAGACUGCCAAUUAAAUGAUGAAGCUGUGCUUGAUAAAAUGAAUCUAUUGGAGAAUGAAAAAGAGUAUGGUGGAGACAUCAAUUUGAAACCGCACGAAUCUGCUGUAAUUUUAGGAUUAUGCUUUAAUCAUCGGAAAGUGAGGGAAGGCCAAGGCGAUAUUAUCAAGGAAGAAUGCUUGGCUUAUGUUCAAAGAGUUUUAAAGUCACCAUCAUGCUGGGCUGUCCAAUAUAAAGCCCUCUUAAUGCGAACCGAUUGGGAGAGUGAUUCUAUGAGAAGAGUCGAGCGCAGUAUAGCCCAACUAGAACAUCUAGUCAGCCAAUAUUUGAAAGCUUCAGAAGAGACAGAUUGGGAGAGCAGAUUACAUUAUGUCUAUUGUUUAAAUUUACCUCCAAUAUGGGAAGUUGAGAAAGAGCUAGCCUACUUUUUCCUUCAACUUGGCUCUACUAAUGCAGCUUUGGAUGUUUUUAUAAGAUUAGAACUCUGGGAAGAUGCUAUAAAAACUUAUCAGAAAAUGGGUAGAGUUGGAAAGGCCGAAGAGAUUAUUAGGAAAUGCUUAGAAGAGGAAGAAACCCCAUUAUUGUAUAGUUUUCUUGGAGAUGUAACAAAUGAGGAAGAGCACUAUCUCAAAGCUUGGGAAAUGUCCAAUGGAAAGCUAGCGAGAGCAAUGAGAAAUUUAGCCUUAUUACGAGUACAUAGGCGAAAAUUUAAGGAAUCUUUAGACUGUUUUAAGAAAGCAUUGAAUAUAAACUUUCUUCAGGUAGGAGUUUGGUUUUCAUAUGGUUGCGCCUGUAUGGCGAGUGAAGAGUUUGAAGAGGGAUCUAGAGCAUUUCGAACUUGCGUACAGAUUGAUUCAGAUAAUUUUGAGGCGUGGGCCAAUUUGACAAAUUGUUAUAUACGCUUAAAAAAAAAAGAUCGAGCUUUCUCAGCUUUACAAGAAGCGAUUAAAUGUGACUAUGAGAAUUGGAGACUUUGGGAGAAUAUGCUGUGGGUUGCAACUGAUGUCAGUGAAUUUGAUUGGGCAAUUACAGCAUGGAAUCGUCUUCUUGAUUUAAAAGAACGCUAUGUGGACACUGGAGUUCUGGUUAUUUUGGUUCGGGCAGCCAUUGAAAAGUUACCCACCAAAUCGGGAAAGCAGGCUAGCAACUACAUACCAAAGUUGGCUGUUUUAUUCGGACGGCUGAUCUCAAAGGUUACCACUGAUGGAUUAGUUUGGCGAAAAUACGGUGAACUCCUACUUAGUGUAUCUGAUUCAGCUGUAGACGUAGAUCGGGCUCUCCAAUAUUACGUAAAAGCUCUUAAUUGUGAUACUCAAAAAUCUGAUUGGUAUCGUGAUAGAGAAGCAUGCAAAAUAGUUCUAGAAGCUGUGUUGGAUACUUUAUCAGUAUUUGAUAGCUAUGCAAAAUUGAUGGAAGAAAAUGAGAGAAAACAAAGAAAUUUUGCAGCAGAGGUUGUUAUUAAAAGAAUAGUUAGCGCCGUUAAUAAAGAUUAUAGCAGUGACGAAGAAAUUCAAGAACUAGCCUCGAAGGUUUCUUACGUAUCACUUGAAUAGCUUACUUGGACUGCACUUUUUUUUAACACACUUAGGGAAAGUCAGAAAAUAACUUUUUUAAGUUUAAAAUAGCUAUCUUGUUUAAGAAUCAAUAAAUAUUUUUGUUAGCUAACUGUUUAUAUCAAAAUGUAUAUAAAAUAGCUUGUUUUUUUAAGUGGUAGACAGGCUGGUACUGCAAGUUUAUUACUCUUUUUUUCUCUUUAUGAAAUUUAUCGUUAAGGUCAAAAAAGUAGAAUAUUUUAUCUAAUAAUAAAACAGACUUUUUCAAGUGUCAUCAAAUGUCUAAAUUCUCUAUGUAAUCAAAUUUUACAUUUAAAGAAAUUAGUGCAUUUUGUUAUUUU